AUGUCAUUCGCACCCCCACCUUACCUCCCGCCCCCACCAAAAGACAACCCUCCCACCAUCUCCCACGGUGCCCUCCCAACCGAAGAACCUCCAGCCUACUCCCAGCUAGAAUCAACAACCCUCGACCCGAACGACCCAAUGCCCCCAGCCACCUUUUCCGUCCACGGCCGCUUCAUCUACGCCUCCCCCUCCCCCUCCACACCCCCGAGCUCAGACCCCUCCUACCAAACCGAUUACCCCAUCCUGACACCCACACAUGGUUCUCGAACAGUCGACUUUCAGCGCGUGCAGUACAGGUACCGAGCCUCCAACGCCACCGGCAGGCCCGUCAUCUCCCACCGCGGCAAAGACCUCUACACCCUGUCCCACCACCUGCCCAUCCUGGGGAUGCCCUUCCAGGCUAUGGCCGUUCCCAAGAGUCGAAAGACGCUUGGAGAGGUGCAUAUUGCCAAGUCGCCUGCUUUCCACACGGGGUACCGCGCGAAUAGGGUAUUGCCUGAUCAUGAGGUUGCCAGGUUGGAGAGGAAGGGGGAGAAGGUGCCGAGGGAGUAUCACUUUCAGAUCAAGGAGGGGGGGGCUGAGAGAUGGGUGUGGAAAGAUUCGAAUGGAAGGGCGGUGGCCUUUCAGUGGAGGGGGCAAAGAAGUGAGUUUGGCGGUGGUGAUGGUCAGCCGGGGAGUAGUCGGGAUCCGGAUGGGGGGGUUGGUGAUGGGGGGGGAUGGGGGGUCCCCAAGCUCCAGGUUCUGGUGGAGUUAGACAGGAGGACGCUGGAUAGUUUGGUGGCGGUGUGGUGUCUCUGGGCGAUGCAUUUGCAUCAUGAGGCUACGGCGCCCAAAAAGACCUGGGAAGAUCGAUUGACCUUGAUGGCGAGGAAGAGACCGGAGGGUACGCCACAGGGGGGCUUUUAUACUAUGAAGUUUUAAUGGUUGGAUGCAUGGAAGUACAGGGGUUGCGUGGAGAAAGAUGGUCGUGGUUGGAAACAAAUGAUACCCUGGACGAUGAUCAAAUUGAAUGAAGAACCGAUGUUGUUCUCUCACAUAAUGAUAGACUCAAGAAGCAGUGUGUUUAAUUUGAAUCUGCCCCCAUGUCGCAUAAAAAGCCACUGGCUGCUCUGCCGUAUUCCUCGACAACAUCGUAGUUCCAAAUCCUCUCAAACUUGGCAGAUAUCUCUUCCCCAAACUUGACCUUGUCGUUGCCGACUCUUUGAUCCUGCCACUGAAAAAGAUCCACGGCCUCUCGAGUCGCCUGAACAACCCACUGGGUCCUGUCGAAGCGGGCAUCGUUGUAUCCUUUCAGUGCAGCCUCCACAGUUGCACGCUCGUCUUUGGCUGAAGUAGACCCCGUCCCCAGCUUGUCGUUGAGAUGGCUCAAUAAUGUGGCCAAGAAGUAUGCAUCUUCUAUCCCAAGCCCUCCCCCAGCACCAAGAUGAGGGCCAGUGGCAUGCGCCGCAUCACCAGCAAG